AUGACGACCCCAUUUCAUAACGGCGGACACAAAUUAAUAACUACUUAUUUGAGAAGUUUGGAUGUUGAAGAACGAAGAGACUUGAAAUUAAAAGGCAUAAAAUUACCUUCUGUCUCACCGAUUCCGUUAUUUAAUUAUCCUUCGUUAAUUCGACACCUUGAUUAUGGUGAAAUGUUAUAUUCUGUUGAAGUUUGGUGUAGAAACUUACCUAAAAGAAGAUCAGAUUCUGUUAUAUCUAUAAUGAGAGUUUUGUUGAGGCUUUUUUUACAUAAUGCUGGACCUCUUUCUUCAUUAAAACUUGCUACUCUUGGUGAAGAUUAUACCGAUGAGAAAUGUAUGAUAUUGACCGAACCUGAAAUUAAAGGGUUGAUUACUUCUGUGCGAACUCUUUCUCUAGAUGGAUUUUAUUAUAGCGAGCAAGGUUUAUUGGCCAAACUUCCAGAAUUAUGUCAGAACGUGGAACAUUUAUAUCUUCGUGGGUGGUACGGACACCAACCAUGUAAAGCAGAUACCACAUCAUCCACGAAUGAUUCAGCAGCAAUUUCAUUACGAAGACUAAUUAAAGCACAAAAAAAUUUAAAAACCUUUGACAUGAUAAAUUGUAGAGCUCACCUUGGCUACAUGAUAUCAGCAUUAGAUACCCAAUCAGUUUCAUUGAGGUCAAUGAAGUUUCGGCUAGUAGAUUUUAAAGAUUGUGGUCCAUGGGAAGGAUUGGCAUCAUGUAUUAAACUAAGAAAUUUAGAAUUUUGGUUUUGUAAAGGAAUCACUCAUAAAAUGAUUAAGCCCCUCUUAGGGAAAAUAUUUACUGAAUUGGAAGAAGUUAAAUUAUUACAAUAUGGAAUUGGAUGUGAAGAAUUUAAUUAUUGGGUGAAUAAUAUUAAUGGAAUUAGUAGCACUAGCAACUGUAAUAUUUGUACUGUGGUGGAUGAAUAUGAGCCCGAAAACACAAAACUUUAUUGUUAA